AUGUGCUUCAAGACAACAUGGUACUAUGCAAAAUGUACCCAUGCAGCCUCAGUCAAAACAGCUUCUCUAAUCUGGUGUACUCCAGCCCUGGACGCAGGCUGUCCAUGUGAAGAAGAGGAUCAGAUUCCUGUACAAUUUCCUCUGACAGGAUUAUGCAAGCAAUGCAAGACCAGAAACAAGCUGAAGGUAACGGUAGAUCGCCGCGCCAGUAUUGCCAGAUGGAACGCUGGUGACCGUUUGGGUGCACUGCAAGCCGCAAUGGCCCUCCCAGGCAGCGAUGACGAUAGCUCCAAUGAAAACACCGAUGAAGAUUCCGAUGAAGGGUCAGGUUCCGACAAUGAGACUGAUCCUGAGGUCGAAACUGGAUCAAAUGCAGCCAUAACUGCAAGUGAUGCCUCCGGACCAAGACAAUCCCAAAAUCUGACUCGUAGCAAUCCGGAUGGGAAACUCCAUCGCUGGCUCAGAUGGCUAGAUAAGAAUGAUCCAUAUUCCACAAAGAAUGCCGCUUACUCUACCUCUUCUUCUUCUUCUAUUCUUACCAACAAAGCUCAAACUGGGAAAAUGACGCCCAUGUUCAAAGCUCCCAUUCUGUGGAAAGAUGACCACGAUAAGUUCGGUUUAAGGCCAUUGGUCCUUGUUCAGAAGCAAGAGCUGACCGAAGAAGAAAAGAAACCUCGUCGGCGUGCCAUCUGUGCAGGAGCUGGCGGAUUACAGCCAUUAGUUCUGGUUGAGAAGCACAAGAAGCGUUGGCACUGGCUUUCCUGGGAUUCUUAUGGCCGCGAGAAAGCGGAAGAGUCACACCAGACGAAGCCGAUACCGAAGCCGUCUUUCCAGGUGAAAUUCAAGAAGACUAUUGACAUGCCGUCUCGUCUUCCUGUUCUUGCUAGCAGAUUAGGUGGACAGCCGAUGGCCGUUGGUGCGAAAAAGAGGUCACUUCUUGUUAGGAAGACUACAUUUGAUCGGGUUACGCUCUAG